AUGCGUCAAUUCAUGUUUCCGUAUAGCAUGCAAAACAGACGAUUUGCAUCCCGUCUGCUGCCACACUUACCUCCUACCGCCAGUCCCAUCCUAAUCUGUAAUUAUCACCACUCGAAGAGUGCCGGUCGUAAAUUGAGUACGAACCUGCAACGAUGUCAUUGCAACGGAUCUAGUGUGGUAUGGCGUAGUCCAGUGCAGUGCAGUGCAGCGCGGCGCAGCGUUGCGUCAAAGUUUCUCUCUAUUCUUUGCCCAUUGUGA